AUGAUGAAGCGACCCUUGACUGUCAUUGCGAGUAUCAAAGGAAGAAAAGAUUUGUUGUUGAAAGGUGUAUGGUUUUUCAAGAAAUCAUCAUCAUCGGAAGGAGCAAGUGAGCUUCUUCUCCAUCAACGGAUGAUGCAGCCAUUAAUGAGCAAUCAUAGUUCAAGACGACAUUUUUCAAUCGGAAGAAAUUUGCAACAACAACAACAAGAUAAUUCAUCAUCAUCACAAAAACCAUCCCUUGAAAAAACAUUGGAACAAGACUUUCCUUCUCAAAAAUCCAGUAGAACUUCAGUUUCAACUCAACCCGAUAAACCAAAACCUCUUUCUUCAAUUCUCAAAUCACCAUUCAUCAAAACCGAAGACGAGAGAAAUCAAUUUCUUGGAACGUUCCGUGAAAUUAUUUCGGUAAGCCUGAAAGAAGUUCCUAACUCUGCCGUUGUUAUUUCCGGUAUUUUGUGUCUUCCUUUAAUUUUUGGUGCCACUUCGUUCUAUAUCUCGUCGCUUCCUGCUUCCUUAUUGCUCGAAUAUCAGCUUAAUUAUGCAAGCAUGUUGCUGGUUUUAUUUGGAUCCACUCAUUUAGGUCUUGAAUUUGUAAAUUUUAUCAACAAAAAGAAAUUUAAAUCAUUUUUGGAGGCACAAAAACCUUUAUUGCCAUUUACUCCCACGAAACUACAACAAGAGGGUACUACUCCAAUCAUUGAUAUUGAAAAAGAAUUGGAGACAAGAAAGUCCUCACAUAGUAUUAUUAGAGGAGUACUCUCUUGUCUUCCUCCCAUGGUCGGAUUUUUAUGCUUGUCACUUCCUCUUCUUCAAUCAACCCUUCUUCUCUCCCUAACAUUUAUUGUUAUGACCUACUAUGACGCUUAUUUAACUGCACGUGGAUUAGCUCCUCAAUGGUUUGUUUCCUUGAAGGUUCCUUUCACACUGAUUAUUGUAACAACACUCAUCGUUUCCUUUUUCUUUUACAUUGUUUAUGGAGCUAUGCAACAAUUUGAAAAACAUUCCGACAAAUUGACCCAUGUUGAUGAAAAACAAUCAAGAACAAGUUCUAGAGAAGGAAUUGAUUUCCUUGCUAUGGCAGAAGCAAAGCAAAAACGAUUGAAAGAAUUGGCAAAUCAAAAUCCAGUACUGAAUAAAUGA